AUGGGUGAAUGGUUGUCUGCGCUGUUGCACGACUACAAUAACGUGCGUAAACAUAGAACAAUCGGUAUGACACCGGUGCAAGCUGUGAAAAACCCAGACCUGGUUCGCUUCAAGUUACGUCAAAUACCGGAUAGUUUACCGGUAAAAUUUCGUGUGGGAAACAAGGUGCGGAUCAGUGUACAUAAAUCAGUGUUUGAUAAGGGUUACUUACCAAACUGGAGCACCGAACUGUUUACCGUAGUUAAGGUUAGGCAAACAGUACCGCCAACAUACUAUCUAGAAGACUAUCAGGGAAAUCCAAUACGUGGUUUGUUUUACACCGAAGAGCUGAACAAGACCAGUUAUCCGGACAUGUAUUUAGUCGAACGAGUGUUACGAACACGAGGGGACCAGUGCUUCGUUAAAUGGUUAGGAUUUAGUCCAGAGCACAAUUCAUGGAUACCCAAAACCAAUAUCUCACCUCAAUGA